AUGUUCUAUGGACAAGCAGGUGGAACUCUUGGAAUUUCUGGUUCAUCAACAGGGGGUCCAGACAGCGCGCCUGGCCAGACAAGCGCAUUUCUGCCUCGGUCAUCUACUGGCAGCUCCGGCACUGGCACUGAUACUAUUAGUCUAUCAACUACAAAUCACUUAAUCGCACAGGCCGUGUCUGGUUCGGGUGGUCUUCCUGGGAGCCCUGGAAUCCUGGGACAGCAACAGCAAGCUUCAGGCGUUUCCUCUCAUCCAACCGGCAAGAUGCAAGUUCGCAAACACUUGCUGCAGGUUCGAGUCCUAUUAAUGUUUUGA